CUUCUAGUAGCUUCCAGGCGCGAGGAGGCAGCGCUCGGCUCGACGGGGGCGGACGCGGCGGUGGCUGUUUCUUCGGGGCGCCGAUGGCCAAGUGGGGAGAAGGGGACCCGCGCUGGAUCGUGGAGCAGCGCGCGGAUGCCACCAACGUCAAUAACUGGCACUGGACCGAAAGAGAUGCAUCGAACUGGUCCUCCGAGAAGCUGAAAACACUGUUUCUGGCUGUUAGAGUAGAGAAUGCGGAGGGGACUUGUGAAGUGACAGAAGUGAGCAAAUUAGAUGGGGAAGCCUCCAUCAACAAUCGCAAAGGAAAACUGAUUUUCUUCUAUGAAUGGAACAUCAAGUUGGCUUGGAAAGGUACCUCAAAAUCAGGUGUAAAAUAUAAAGGACAUGUGGAAAUUCCCAAUCUUUCAGAUGAAAAUGAUAUUGAUGAAAUUGAGAUCAAUGUUAGUCUUGCAAAAGAUGAACCAGAUACAAACCUGCUACUGUUGAUGAGGCAAGAAGGUGUAAAGCAGAUCAGCAAUGCUAUGGAAACUUAUAUCAGCACUCUUAAAACAGAAUUUACCCAAGGCAUGAUUUUGCCUACAGUAAAUGGUGAACAGUCAGAACCACAGCAUCAUUCUGUGCGUAAAACAGACGAGCAUAAGGUCACUGAACAGGUUGCUGGCAACACUUCUGCAUCUAAAUCGGUAGGAGUUAAGAUUCCUACCUGCAAGAUAAAUUUGAAGGAUAUUUUCCUGACAUCCCCAGAGGAACUCUAUAGAGUGUUCGUUACCCAAGAGAUGGUCCAAGCUUUUACUCACUCACCUGCUGUUGUGGAGGCUGACAAAGGAGGAAAAUUUCAGCUGCUAAAUGGGAGUGUCACUGGCAAGUUCAUUGAACUAGUUUCUGCAAAGCAGAUUGCUAUGAAAUGGAGAUUUAAGUCCUGGCCAGAGGGACACUUUGCAACUAUUACAUUGACCUUCACCGACAAGGGUGGUGAAACAGAAGUCUGCCUAGAAGGGAAGGGCAUCCCAGCCAGUGAAGAAGAGAGAACAAAAGAGGGCUGGCAACGUUAUUACUUUGAGGGCAUUAAACAGACGUUUGGCUAUGGAGCCCGAUUGUUUUAACGCUGGCUACUGCGGAGUCUCUACCCAAAGAUUCUGCCAUGUGAACUGAUUCGCUUCUUGUCUGUUCCUUUCUUAUCCUCUGUUUCACUAUUGUGACAAGCAGGAGGGCCCUGAAGGCCACUGAGCAGCACCAAUUCCAACCCUUCCCUGCCUGUGCAGGUCUCCUACUUCAUGGGUUUCAAAGGUAGAUUCUCAUAAAUGUACAUAUACCUGUAUUGCUAAAUAAACAUAACUUAAAAGAAGAGGUACCAGCUCUCUUAUCUGAGUAGAGAGAUCAAAGAGCUUUUAAGCAAAGAGCAGAAGAGUUCAGACUCAUCAUGGAUAGAGAGGAUCUUAAUUCAGAAGGUAUCUGAAACUUGAGGGGAUUUAACUAAUGGGAACAGAAGCAUUAUAUUUAAGAUGCAUCAUAGUGUAAGGACAUCUUUUUAUUUUUAUUUUUCAAAAAUUGCUGCACCACUACCAGCAGAGAGGUUAAUGGCAAGAGCGUUCUAAACUGUUGUUGUUGAAAUGUCAUGCCUAGUAACUGAUGUGCUCUCACAGCCACAUUAUCUUUCUAUUGGCCUAUUCUCUGAGAGUGGGCCCUUAUAUUAGAAAACCGCACUACCCAAGAAAAUUCCAUGUAGCGCCCUCAAAAGUUUGAAUGUGCACAAUAGCACUUAGAGUAUAUUGGAAUCCAGAACAGAUUGUAUAAAACAGAAGGGAGCACAUCUGAUUAAAACCAGCAUUCAUUUUUAAAGUUUUGAUACCUUAAAUCUUUAGCUUUGAGAGUACAAUUUUAUUCUAGGAAGAGACUUUCUUGGAGGCAAAUGUGACUUUCUUUGUUCAAAAUAUAUUUCAACAUUACUACUGAGACCAAUAAACAGAUUAUAACACGUUAAUUAUACCUACAGAUCUGAGGUUUCUUCAGAAUAGGAAAUCUAAGUUCUUGCUUGCACUAUAACCUGAAUCUCUUUGGGACUAGGUGGCAGUUGUACAUUUAGAAUUUGUUUUUAAAAGUCACGCUUGAUGGCUUUGUUAUUUAUUUAUUUUUUUGGUGAGAGAUUAGAAGGGAAAAAAGAUAAAAUGAGCAGCAAUAUUAUACUGCUUGCUAUGUAAGCAAGAGUCUGGAAUAACUCUUUUAUUUAGUCUUUCCUUGAAUGUCUUUUUCUGUGGCAGUCACGCCUCAAGAAAAUGCAAACUUAGCCUUUCUUUUAAUCUAAUUUGUUUACUUGUGAGGCAUGUUUGAUCCUGAAUUCAAGAAGAAAUUUAUACAGUGACUUUUAUAAUCCAAUACAGCCAAACUCUGAUAAGGAAAGUGUGUGUCAUUUAGAAGUAAGCUGUUGCUUCUGAAUUCUCAUGCAACACAUCUCAUUACUCCAAAAUACCUCAGUGUUUCUUUAUUAAUCUUUCUGUUUUGACAUUGAAAAUGGUUGUUUGAUUUUUAUAAAGUGUUGGUCCUGAUGGAAAGCAGCAAUUGGCCUCAGAGUUUAGGUUUUCAGAUGCCCACAUGAUGGCAGCAGGGCCUAGUAUAUCAUAGCUUGAGUUUAUAUUAAUGUAUGCUUAAUGCUGCCAGUUUCCUGAAACAGCUACAAUGGGUCUAGUUUUGCUUAUGCUGUUACAUUUUGACAGAAUACAUCAGUGGACUAAAAAGGAGAGUGCAGGGUUUUAGAAGUUUAAAAUCACUACCUUGAAAAUCAAUUUGCCGCCAUUAUGUAGGCACGUCAUCCCUGCUUCUGCUGCCAACUGACAACACUGCCCAGAUGUAAAUCCUAUGCAUGUGAAUAAUAUGACAGCUGGUUUUGUGAGAUACAUACAAUUACUGCAGUAGAUUCCUAUUAAGACUCUUGUAGUUAAAGUCUCACUGCUGAGACUGCAGUGUCUCUAAACCCAGUUCUCUGAAGUAUGUUUAACAGGAAAACUAGUUUGAAGUUUUCCCAGAGUGUAUUAAGACAUGUAUGAUAGUGCAUUAAUUUUUGUUCCAGGCUUUGGGGGCGGGGGUGGGGAUUUUAUAUCUCAAAGUAAUGCAGAUGCCCCAAAACUGGUAAUUGCUGAGAAAACAAAUUUUUUUGUUGGAAAAAAAGAAUUUAACUUCAUAACAAAAACACCCAGAGCCAAGAUGAAUGAUCUAGAUUAUAUGUGAGGGAUGUUAUGAAAAAUCAAGGAGAAAUGUGUUAUCUCUAAUAUUUGCUUAAAAUGAGCAAGACUUGUUUGUGCAUGUACACAUAUUUAAAGUAUUAAUACAGAAUGUCAAGAGAUUCUGCAGUUUGACCCUUGUCCUGUAUAUAACCAUUGGUUUAGACUAUUGAAGGAAUUACGGUAUCAGAGAAGCAGCAAAUGAAAAUGGUUCUCUUAACGUAGCAGUUCUCAAACUAAAUAAUGCCACCUCCUAAAAUGAUAAAUGAAUUUGUGCAAAUCUCCUCAGUUAAACUAAUUAUUGCAUUGCAACUAGGUUUGGGUAAGAAAUAACCCACUGAUUAAAAU